AUGGGUCUGUCGAGAUGGGCCAUUGCAGCAGCGCUGCUCCAACUCGCCUCAGUUGUACUGGCUCAUGGUCACGAUGAGGAGAACCAUGAUAUGGAUAUGAAGAAGCCGGAAACUCCUCAGAACGGCGGGGACGAGAACGAUCCAUAUAGCAUGCCCAGCUACGCCGGCCUGGGCCAGCACCAGAAUAUGAUCACAGCGCAUAUUGUCCUAAUGGUGUUAGCAUGGCUUUUCAUUCUUCCAAUUGGCGCCAUUUUCAGCAUUGCUCGAUCGAAACUCGCUCUUCCAGUCCAAUUUCUCUUCCUGAUCGUUAACGGCUUUGGGCUGCUGUUUGGGAUUGUGUACAACGUCAACACUCCGGAUUUGUACGUGCACAAUGCCCACCACAGAAUUGGCUGGAUCGCAACCUGGAUCAUGACCGCACAGGUCAUUGCGAGCCUGUUGUUCGCCUAUUCGCGGAGAGGCAAGCAAUCCUCAGCUCCAGCUGGCGAGAGGGCGGCGUUUCUCCCGGUUUCUGUUGAGAAUAUAGCCCAGCAUAACAGGCGGCCACCUUAUAGUUCCUACCGCUGGUCUGGCGACAGCGGCCAAGGCACUGAUACUUCCUCGACACUGCACAGCCGGGACGGGUCUCCGACGGUUGUGGGCCGACGAGAUACCUUCGAAGAUUUCGAGAAACCCGAACCUCUCCCAGAAUCGGAAGACGACGAUGACCUGCAGUUGCCGCAGCAGCCUAGCGAGAAGUCUCGCUGGUUGCGCAUCAGCUUCAUCGAUAAGUACCUGUCCGCUCGGAUCCCGAAUCUGGUCUCAUCUCAGAUUUUGCGAGUGGUCGAGAUUGUGUACAAUGUGGUCGACAGAUUGAUUCUGGUCCUUGGUUUCAUCACUUUGAUAACCGGCUUCAUCACAUACUGUGGUCUUUUCAGAGCAAACAAUGUUUUCACAGGUCUCGCGCAUUUUAUCAAGGGAGGAAUUUUCUUCUGGUACGGAUUGCUCACCCUUGGACGAUGGAUGGGUUGCUUUGCCGAUCUGGGCUGGGCUUGGAAUCUUAAGCCGACCCGCAGCGAAGUCGGCCAAUGGAAGUCGAAAAUCCCUUCGGCUGAAUUCACAGAAUCCUUUGUCAUUUGGUUGUAUGGUGCGACCAAUGUCUUCCUGGAGCAUCUUGCUGCUUGGGGUGGCGAGUGGACGGCGCAGGAUUUUGAACAUGUCUCGAUCGCCAUCAUGUUCUUUGGAGGUGGAUUGUGCGGUAUGCUUGUCGAGUCCAGCAUCGUGCGACGCUGUCUCAACACCGUCGUCGAAACAAUGCCCGCCCGAACAGAGGUUCAUCCUAGUGAAGCACUGGAACUGCGCGACACCCCGAAACAGUACACUACAUCUCUCAACCCUAUGCCCGGCUUGGUCAUUAUCCUCCUGGGGAUCAUGAUGUCCUCACAUCACCAGGACUCCAUGGUGUCUACCAAGGUACACUCACAAUGGGGCACACUCCUGGUCGGCUUCGGCGUCGCUAGGAUCUGCACGUACCUGAUCAUGUUCCUCUCUCCACCAAAGUCGGUCUAUCCUACCCGGCCGCCGACCGAACUGGUCGCAUCCUUCUGCUUGAUCAGUGGCGGGAUCAUCUUCAUGGCCAGUGCCCGCGACAUCAUCCACUAUAUGGAGACGACAGGUCUCAUGGCCAUGUUCGUUCUCACCGUUACGUGUGGGUUCACGGCGUUCAUCAUGGCAUAUGAGAUCAUCGUGCUUUGCCUCAAGGGCUGGGCCAUGAGGAGAGAAAACAAGGGCUCGGCCCCCAGAUUUUGA